CCCAUCGGCCGAGAAAUCAUCGUCCAACCUGGGAAAAAUAAUGCUGCUUGUCAGACAGUGUUAUCCCUACCAGUGGAUUUUGAUUUGGAAAAGAUACUGGGUGACUAUUUCAAAGCCGACGAAUCGGCUGACCAGUCCCAGGAAAACCUCAGCACUUCCUCCUUGAGGAGAAAGCUGUUUUUGGAUGAGAAUGGUCUCUCCUCCGAGAGCCCCUCCCCUUCUCUCGGCCUGCGCAACGGCCCGGCCUCCUUAGGCGUCCUCUGUUCCAUCGACCUCUCUCCGGUCCGCUGCAGGAGCCCUCUGAGUUCUGACAGCUCAGGCCAUCUCUCCUCCAGCCCCAUCCGGGGGAAUGCCAGGACGUACAGUUUGGGCAGCCUUCCUAGCCCGUCCUUGGCACGCAGGAGCCCGGCAAAUCUGGCGUCGCCCACUUUCUCUCCCGUUGGCAUCCAGCUAAGAAAAACUCCAAUGGCGGGUCAAAGGCAGUUUACUUUCCGCUCUCCGGAUCUUCCUUCCGUUUCCAACGCCUGCCGUCAGGCUCCUCCUACCAGCAGCAGGAGUCCCCACAUGGAAUGCUCUCCGUUAAGGAGUCACUCGCCCAUGAGGCUCCUCUCCUGCUGGGGGACCGCCCUGUAUCAGAGCUCCUUCCUUCGCCUCCCCUGCACCCCGGAGAACUUCCAGGAAGAGCUGGCGGAAGCAGCCGAGGCCACGUGGGCCGGGAGUCCCAGGGCGGGCCUGACCCCUAUAAACGAGGACAUCCCAUUAGCGGGGUCCCCCUCGGAGAUGGCCGCUGGGGCUCUCUCACCGGAGACCCCCGAAGGAUUGGCACUCCGGCCCUGCUUGGACUCUUCCGGAGAGAAACGAACAGUGGAAAUGGCCGAUCCGGAGAUGUUGGAUGAGAACUCGGUGAAAGGAUCGUCUGAAUGCGACGGGGGGGCUAUGACUGGAUUGAGCAUGGAGAGGUCCUGCAUCUCUAUGGAUCCAUUGGCGGAAAGCAGUGCUUCUCCCUGUGAGAGCAGCAGUCUGCAGAUGGACAGUGGCUACAAUACCAGCAGCCUCAUGGAUACAGCUGGAGGCGAGCUCAGCUGCAGAGAGCACAGCGCGUUUGAGGCUCAGAGGAAAACCCACGUUUUCAGAAUGAAGCAGGGGAAAUCAAAAACUGGACACUGGGCUGAAAACGCUUGCCAACCCAGCAGCCUCUUCCUGGAAGUGCCUUUGCCCAAAUGAGCUGGCACAGAUCUGCUUCUAACUGGGAUUGAUUGAUUGAGAGAGAGAAACCAUCCCCCAAAGCUGAAUGACUACUCUGACAGAUACUUCCGACACUGGACUGGUACAACUGCCUUCCAGCGGCUGGAGGGGAAUUGAACCCCCAAGAUGAUCAGCCUGGCUAUACCCACCAAAUUGGCACUGGAAUGUUGUGGGCUACAUUUAUACACUUGGGAUUCUCACAAGGACUCGGCUGCGGUUGGAACGCUGCUGCUAUAUGCCUCCGACAUGCAUUGAUUCUGGGUCUACCCAAGUACAGCCAGUUGUUUCUUAAUGUGCCAAUUAUGGGCUCACUUUACCAGGCAGAGACUUCCUUGCAUGAGCCUUGCCAACAUACAAAUGCAGAUGCCCUGGUCUUAAACUUAAAGUGGAAGUUAACUGUUUUGGAAUUAGGCGUCACCAACGUGCCAAAUGGGGUGGCAGAGCAAUAUGUAUUGCCUUGUUUUCUGUGAAAAUUAAUAGCGUUUGUUGAAAAGAAAUCUCUUUCGCGUCUUGAUGAUGCUAAUCGUAUUGGGAACCAAUGAUUUUUUUAAAGUAGUUAAAUAAAGUAGUAGAUAGUUGUGCUUUUCCCCCGUUUUUUGAAGUUUUAUUACCAAUGUGAAAUCGGUUUCAACAGGAGGCUAGAAAACAUUCUUGUUAGAAUAAAUAAACCUUUUGCACACACACACACACAAAAGGCAACAUUCUGACGAAUCGUUUUUUUAAAUAUACGGGACUGGAAUUAUGUUUCAUCAUUUUAAAAAAAACAUGUUUAAGAUAACUGGUUUCCCUGCGCAAUUUGUUAUACUUGGAAAAGUUAGUAGCUGAAGAGUGUUUUUGUUCUUUUUUGUUGUUUUUUUAACAAGUACCUGUAGGGAAACACCCUCUCCUAUUAAAACGGUCAUCUCAGAUUGGGUAGUGCCAAGACAAAAUCCAGAGAAUGGCUGGAUUUAUUAUUAGUAUUAUUUUUAGCCUUUACAGGAACUACUGAACACAUGCACAGAAUCCUAAAUCUUUAAUCUCUAUUUUGAAAAUUGCUAGGACAUUAUAUUUCUCGGAGGUGCCUUUUUUUCCCAAGAGGCAACUGGACUUUCUAGUUUUUCUCUGAAGACAUUUCGCUUCUCAAUCAAGAAGCUUCU